UUAACUUAAUGUUAACAAACAAAGCAAAACGUAACAUGUAACCUGAUGCAUCGAAUAAGUGUUGCUUUAAAAAAAACAACUAUAUUUUGACAUAUAUAGCAAUUGUCACAGGCAUAAAUUCUUCAUCCUCUGUGAAGAACGACUCAUAUGACUGCUGCUUCCUGAGGUGCUGUGACUGUCCCCAGGUCUGACCAUAGGUCAAGAUUAUAACGGCGGCCAUAGCACACAACUUUUAUAAUUUGAUGACGUGAUUCCCAUGCAUGUUUUCAUUGAAAUUGACAUUUUUGCUGACUGUAAUAGCUAACAUUAGCUUUAUCGCAUCAUUCCUCAGGUCAUUUUUGAGCAAUUAUGAUGUUAGGCUAAUAUUACAAAUGACCGACCAUCACAAGUCAACGAAUGACCGCCAUCUUUAGUAGUGCAUCUAAAAUGGAUGACGGUGCCAUACCUUUGCCACCUGUAGAGGCUUCUGCUGCUCCCUUCCUCCCUGGAGCCUGAACCCCCACGGGGAGCCCCCGGAAAGGGUAACCACAAUCUCUUCCACCACCAUCGAUGCACCAGGUCGUCUUCAAUGUAUGUGUGUGUGGGAGAAGGUCUUUGCUUGCUCAAACUUUGCCAGUGUCCAACGGCAUCCAGCCCAAGUGAGGAAGGAGAGGCGGUGGGGCCUGGCUAGCUUGCAUCUGCUUCAGUGGGAAUGCUUGGUUGGAGGGCAGGCGCUUAGGCAGUGUGUUGCGCGCGCGUGUGUAUGUGUGUGUGUGUGUGUCUUCAUCAUACCCUUUUAUUCAACACAUGCCAUGUCACUCUGAGAGGAUGCUUGCUCAGACGCCAUCCAGAAAUAACCCUUCCCACCCACGCACACACACCCGCACACUCAUACAGCCGCCUAAGCGAGGAGGGGGGUUUAACAUGAGUGGGCCCCGGGUAGCGGUGGGUCUACUUUAAAGAAUGUCACUGGGUUUAUUGUCUUUUUGGGCUUCCUCAGCCAUUCAUAAUGCUGUAAAUUGGCCGAUUGACAUCUCGACACACAAGUGUCAGGAUCGUUAGCAGUAUCCUACAGAAUUUGCUGAUGAGCUCAUUGUUUGAAUUUUUGAAUUAGGUUUUAUUUUGUAUUUUUUGGAAGAGGGAACCGUCAAAAAGCAUGCUGGAUAGUGGCCCCCGAGGACCAGAGUUUGACACCUGUGAUCUAAAAACUCCUAGGUCAGGUCACCAAGGCACCACUGUGUAAAUAUUUUGGGAGCAGCACCGUCAAACUAUUUUCUUAAGUGGUGCCAUGGAUGCUUUAUUUUCCAUAUUUGAAUGUGUGCCGUUGUCUUGAAUGUGCCUGACUUAACCUCUCUCUAUUCAUUUUUUUAAACAUUGUUUUGUCAGCCGCAGAGGUUGACAAAAGGAACAUGGCUAUUUGAGAAGCUACAGGAGAUUUCGGGAUGAACUGAAGAUGAAUGUAAACCAGCACACUCCCAUGGCCUCUCCUUAUGGCCAGCCUCAGCCUGGUUACGGGCAGCCCGCCUUUGCACCCUUGGACACCGGGUACCCGCCCCCCUACGCACCUUACAACGGCCCUGUCUCAACCUACCAGACUGGAGAGCAGCCACCACAAGGUUAUUCAUCUUUCACCACCUUCCCUUCUAAGGCUGUGCCAGCCAACCCCAUCUCAGAGCUCUCCUGUCCUCUUGACUUAGGUCACGGAAGGGCUCCUCCCACUUCAGGGCCACCGGCUCCUCAAGCGUACAAUCAGUAUGGGGGUCGGCAUCAGAGCGACGUGCAGAAUGGCCCCCCACCUAUGACACAGGCACCCGCAAGGCCAGUUGUGUCCCAGUCAUACAACCAAGAAAGGGUCAAUCUGUCGGGACCACCCUCUUCUUACCCCCAACACUACGGAUCCCCGCCCGCAAUGUCACACGUCACCAGCCAGAUGAGCGGCAUGCAGAUUAACUCGGGGCUGCCGAACACCGCCGGGCCCGGAUACGCACCACCUCACAGCUCCAAGCCUCCCGUCAGUAAUUCCUUCUCAGCCGCACCUCCCGCCACCUACACGCAAGCUCUGCCCCCGGCGUUGUCCGCGCCCACUCAGGCGCCGCCUACUGCUUCUCAACAGUACUACGGAGGCCCCCCUCCUUCCUCGCAGCCGCCAUUCAAUUCGUCUCUGCCGCCGACUUCUCAGCAGCCUUUCACCUCCCCUGCUCCUCCUCCCCCAUCCAAUCAGCCGUCCUUUGCUCCUCCUCCCUCGUAUUCGGGUCCCCCGCCGGCUCAGGCUCCCUCCCCUUCGAUGUCGCAACCUCAGCAGUCCUUCCACCCCACUCAGCCUGCCUUCUCCUCAGCCCCUCCGGGCUCUUUCCCUCCAAGAGCGCCCCCUCCCACCUCCUCUCAGUAUCCUCCUCCUCCGACGUCAACCCCCUCCGGGCAGUACCCGGGCCCCUUGCCACCUCAGCAGCAACCCCCUUUCUCGUCAGGUCCCUUUCCUCCCAGACCCCAAAUGCCUCCGACGUCUAUGUGUCAGAGCAACCACUUGCCUCCAGAACCGCAGGGCCCGCUUGGCCCUCCUGGACCGCUGCAGCAAAUGCCCCCACCCCAGCAUGUUAUGCCAGGAGGGUACGCUCCCCAACAGAAUGGUGCAUUUGGGCAGGUAAGAGGGCCUCAGCCCGGCUUCGCAGGACCUUAUCCUGCCCAACCGAAUUACGGCGCUAUGGGACCAGCACCGGGCCCCGCCCCAUCGACACAGAAAAGACUGGACCCAGAUGCCAUUCCUAGCCCCCAAGCGUCGGACAUGCCGACCGUGCAGAAAUCAAGACAUAGAAUAGACCCAGACGCUAUCCCCAGCCCAAUCCAAGUAAUCGAGGAUGACAAGGCCAAGAGCACCGAGCCGUUCAGCACAGGCGUCAGGGGUCAAGCGCCGCCACUGGUCACCACAGACUUCCACGUCAAAGACCAAGGGAAUGCCAGCCCCAGGUUUAUUCGCUGUACAGCCUACAACAUUCCCUGCACGGCAGAUAUGGCCAAGCAGUCUCAGGUGCCGUUGGCUGCCGUCAUCAAGCCCCUCGCCACGCUGCCGGCGGAUGAGACGCCGCCGUACCUGGUGGACCACGGUGAAGGAGGUCCCAUCCGUUGCAACCGCUGCAAGGCCUACAUGUGUCCGUACAUGCAAUUUAUUGAGGGAGGCCGUCGCUUCCAAUGCGGCUUUUGCUCUUGUGUCACAGAAGUUCCUCCACAUUACUUCCAGCAUCUGGACCACACUGGGAAAAGAGUGGACUUUUAUGACAGACCCGAGCUUUCGCUGGGCAGCUACGAGUUCCUGGCCACCGUCGACUACUGUAAAAACAACAAAAUUCCUCAGCCCCCAGCCUUCAUUUUCCUCAUUGACGUGUCCUACAACGCCGUCAAGAGCGGCAUGGUCGGCAUCGUCUGCCAAGAACUCAAGGCCCUCCUGGACCGGAUGCCCAGAGAAAACCCAGACUUGGACUCGACGGUGCGAGUGGGUUUCGUGACCUACAACAAGGUGCUCCACUUCUACAACGUCAAGUCCAGCCUGGCCCAACCUCAGAUGCUGGUGGUCUCGGACGUGUCGGAAAUGUUCGUGCCACUGCUGGACGGUUUCCUCGUCAACGUCGGGGAGAGCCGGCAGGUCAUCGAGAGUUUGCUAGACCACAUCCCGGAGAUGUUUGCAAACACCCGAGAGACGGAGACGGUCUUUGGACCCGUCAUACAGGCCGGACUGGAGGCGCUCAAGGCGGCAGAUUGCGCGGGGAAGCUGUUUGUCUUCCACACUUCGCUGCCCAUUGCCGAGGCCCCCGGAAAACUGAAGAACAGAGAAGAUAAGAAGUUGAUUGGAACUGAUAAGGAAAAGUCUCUGUUUCAGCCUCAAGUGAGUUUUUACAACACGCUGGCCAAAGAAUGCGUGGCACAGGGAUGCUGCGUGGAUCUCUUCCUCUUCCCCAACCAGUAUGUGGAUGUGGCGACGCUCGCCGUGGUCCCCGUCUCCACCGGAGGCUCGGUCUACAAGUACACUUACUUCCAGGCGCAGUCGGACCAGGAGCGGUUCCUGAACGACUUGAGACGAGACGUUCAGAAGCCGAUUGGCUUUGAUGCCGUCAUGAGGGUUCGAACCAGCACGGGAAUACGAGCGACGGACUUCUUUGGCUCGUUCUUCAUGAGCAACACCACCGACGUGGAGCUUGCCGGGCUCGACUGCGACAAGGCGGUCACGGUGGAGUUCAAGCACGACGACAAGCUCAGCGAGGAGACGGGGGCGCUCGUGCAGUGCGCCGUGUUGUACACCAGCUGCGGCGGCCAAAGGCGCCUACGUGUCCACAACAUGGCCGUCAACUGCUGCUCCCAGCUGUCCGACCUGUACCGCAAUUGCGAGACGGACACAAUCAUCAACUUCCUCUCCAAAUAUGCUUUCCGUGGCAUCUUGAACAACCCCACGAAAGCAGUGAGGGACACGCUUGUCAACCAGUGCGCUCAGAUCCUGGCCUGCUACCGCAAGAACUGCGCCAGCCCCUCGUCAGCUGGUCAGUUGAUCCUCCCCGAGUGCAUGAAGCUGCUGCCCGUCUACCUUAAUUGCGUGCUGAAGAGCGACGUGCUGCUGCCCGCUGCCGACGUGUCGUUGGACGACAGGGCCUACUUACGCCAGCUCAUCAGCGGCAUGGACGUGUCGGAGACGCACGUCUUCUUCUACCCGCGCCUGCUGCCGCUGAUGAAGCUGGAGAGCGGCUCGUUGCCGGUGGCGGUGCGGGCGUCGGAGGAGAGGCUAUCUAAAGGCGGCGUGUACCUGCUGGAGACGGGCCUGCACCUCUUCCUGUGGGUGGGGGCCAACGCGCAGCAGGAGCUGCUGCUCAACAUUUUCGGGACGUCCAGUUUCGGCCAGAUCGACACGACAAUGACGUCUCUGCCCGUUUUGGAUAAUCCUUUCUCACAAAGGCUCAGAGACAUGAUCGACUCCUUCAGAGCCCAGCGGUCACGAUACAUGAAGCUGAUGUUAGUGAAGCAGGAGGACCGCUCGGAGCUCAUAUUCCGACACUUCCUAAUGGAGGACAAGAACGCGAGUGGUGGCGCGUCCUACGUGGACUUCCUGUGUCACAUGCACAAGGAAAUCCGCCAGCUCCUCAGCUAGACGCUGCCACCACCAAAAUCUUCUCCUUUCCUCCUCUUUCUCCUCCUUCCUGUUUUUUUUUUUUUUAACUGAAUAAACUCCUCAAUAUGGAGCGCCGCAGCUGGCAGAUUACAUCGUGUGUGUGGGUGUGAGAUAAUCUGAUGUUAAUAGAGCUUCACUCCGCCUCAAAUUGACUGCGGGGGAGGAGGAGGAUGAAGAGGAGGAGGAGGAGGCGGAGGGGGAGGGAAGGUGAUGUAUGUAUAUGUACACACACACUUAACACACUGAAGAAAAAUGUAUGCAACGAGACUGUAUGUAUUGAUUGACUAGCACUGACUAAAGGCUGUUUAAAGCACCCUUCCCCCUACAUGGCCUUUUAUAUAGAAUCCAAUCGCGUUAUAUAGGAAGUCUCCAUAAUAGCAAGACCAGUGGAAUCAAAUAAAUGCUGUAACCUGAUCUCCGCCGCCCCCCAACCCCUUUUUAAUCAUUGCCUCAUAGUGAGCCGCUUCCUCUGUUUGUGUGCGUGUCUGUCACUGUAUUGAAAAAUAAGUUCCCGUCAGCGUCUCAAUGGCUUUUUGCCUUUCAUUCGGCACGCGUUUAAUCCCAAAAUCUUGCGAUGGUUAAUUCUUGUUUUGACUAACCCAUAAAUGCCACGGUUAAAAUGUUAAGUCCAAAAUCGAGCAUUAUCUCUAAUAAUUGUGGUUUCCAGGCGUACCUCACGCCGGGUCUUUGCUUUCACAGACUUAAUUCGAAUUAUCAAUCUACACACAAAGGUUAACAUGACGACCGGUGUGUUUGAGUGUCCCCAAUAAAAAGUCCCCUCUUUUAUUGCCAGUGCUCGUUUAAUUAUGCCACAGGAGAUGCUUGACCUUACGUAAACACCCUUGUGUUGGAUCGAAUGAGCUUGUGCAGGAGUACCUAAUGAAGUGUCCUCGAUAAUAAUGUGAUAAUUUGCGUAUUGCUCAUCGAAUAAUGUCACAAAAAACGCAUUGUCUUUUGUACGGUUCCCUUGGGUUAGGCUCCAUGAUGCGUACCGAAUGAAAUGUCUCGAUUAGAAACUUGGAGGCAACCUCUCAACGUUGCGUUUCAUAAUGCCACCAAAACUAGCCUUUUGUAAAGCAAACAUUGGUGUACCAACUGAGGUUGGUCCACUUGGCACAUGGAGGCAAACGCAAAAAUUAGCAUCUUUUCAUUUAAUAAUGCUAUGAAAAAAAAACUAAGCCUUAUAUUUACGGUAGGUCCCAUUAGAGGUGUACCAAAUGAAGAGUCCUCAUUUCAUGUGAGGAAGUGUACAGGUGGGGGGCCGUGCUGCGCUUUAAUUUCUGCGCGGCAUGAUUAAAGCGGACGAAUGGACCCGUGUGCCGAACAGUCUGUUUAUAUAUAUAUAAAUAUAUCAAAUAUAUAUCAUCUGUACAGAAUUCAUAGAGAAAGGCUUCUAAUCCAAAUGUGAUGGGUUUUGGGGGUUUUUUUUGGCCAUCGCAAAUAUAAAAACUGUGGCUUUUACUAAUGUCAUGAAUUACUUCUUUUGAUGAGUGAGCGCGUGCGUGUGUCGGUCCUAGUGAACAUUCUCUUGAGGAACAGAGGGACCCGCUAAGAAACCCAGCAAAUUAAAGUCCAAAUCACUGAUUGUUCCUUUUCAAAAAUAUGUAUAAAUGCGUUUGGUGUGUGUGUGUGUGUGAAGCCCUGUGUUCUGUUGACUUCACUGUAAUCUUCAUUGUUUUUGUUCCUUUUUUCUGUUUUCUCCUUUUUCAUUGCUCUUGGGACUGCGAAUAAAAAAAAAUGCUUGUUUCAAAAGUGAAAUUCAA